GCGGCGCCGAUGGGGAAGAGGACGGCGAGGACGGCGGUUGUGCCGCCGACGGAGGCCGCCCGGAGCCCGUGAGGCGGCCAUGGGGCUGGGCUCGAGCUCCGAGGUGCCCGACGGGGGCUCCGAGGGCUACCACGUGCAUGGGGUUCAGGAAAACUCCCCUGCUCAGCAGGCUGGCUUGGAGCCGUUCUUUGAUUUCAUCCUCACUAUAGGACAUACCAGAUUGAAUAAAGAAGGUGACACGCUGAAGGAUCUGCUGAAAGCCAACGUGGAGAAGGCUGUGAAGCUGGAGGUCUACAACAUCAAAACCAUGAAAGUGCGCGAGGUGGAAGUGAUCCCCAGCAACAUGUGGGGAGGGCAGGGCCUUCUCGGAGCCAGCGUGAGGUUCUGCAGCUUCUACGGUGCCAACGAACACGUUUGGCACGUGCUGGAUGUGGAGCCUGCCUCCCCUGCAGCAUUUUCUGGCCUGAGACCAUACACGGACUACAUUAUUGGAUCGGACCAGAUACUGCAGGAGUCGGAAGACUUUUUCUCACUGAUCGAAUCCCACGAAGGGAAGCCUUUGAAGCUGAUGGUCUACAACACGGAAACCGAUUCCUGCCGAGAGGUUUUCGUAACCCCAAAUGGCGCCUGGGGUGGAGAAGGGAGUUUGGGAUGUGGCAUCGGAUAUGGCUAUUUGCACAGAAUCCCCAGCCAGCCGGCUGCACCAAAGGGAAAAACUGAAGUGGCUGGUCCUCCUCCUCCUCCUCCUCUGCCCUCCAGAGACACACCACCCGAGCCACCAGCAAAUGGCUAUACAGAGACACCACUCGUGGCAGCUAAUUCCCAAAGCGAAGAAGCAACAAACUUAGACGGUGGCAGCACUCAAAGUGCGACAGUGUACUCGGUAGAAAACUCUCUUCAGCCCCCUCCUCCUGUCCAAAGAGUCAUGGACCCAGGUUUCAUAGACAUGUCUGGGGCCGCUUUUCCUGAACUAAUCGACCUGGUGAAAAAAAUCGGCGUGCCAUCCUCUGCGCCUCUCAACUCGGCAGCCACCGAGAGCUUACUGACUCCCAGUGGGAAUCAUUCCUAUUUUGAGCAGGCCCCUGUUCCAGUCUUGGAAGAUUCCGCGUCUUACCCAGAGGGCUUGAACCAUCAUUCGGAGUCAGAGGAAGGGUUACCAGCCGUUUCUCCUUUACCUCCUCUUCCGAUGGAUAUCUCUAUAAACGCAACCCCUAGCGCCGGAAACAGCAUUCACGGAGCUGUUCCGCUCUCAGAUGGGACUGAGCAAGCUGCCCAAACGCCACAGCCUGACAGCGAUGACAAAACAGCAGAAGAACUGACAGAAGAAGUGGCACCAAAUUAGCGCUCAAAAGGGGGUGUGCUUCCAACCUGCUGCUUUCAGGAUAUUAAUUCUAGGAAAUCUGGCUGUGUGAUACCUUCUGGGGCUGCCUGGCCUCCGACAGCCUCGUCCCCAACGUUGGCGGUUGCCUCGCUUGGCCAUCUUGUGUAACUUUUGCAGAGCGUUGCCACUGACCAUUUGAUUCGCAAAACAAGUUUUUAAACAAAAUGCUGCGUUAUAGGAAAGUUUCCUGUCUCACUCAACACCAUAACCAAAUAGCAAAAUGGGUAGCUGUGGGCAUGAAGCUAAUGUAAUAAGCACAAUACUUGAAUUGUAGUGGUUUUAACCUCCUUUUGGAGGUACGGUUUUUAAGUGUGUCUCUUGUUUAUUUCCUGAAGUUGGUUCUGCAUCUCAGAGAAUACAAGUAUAGAAGUCAUU